CGCCUGAUUUUUUUUUUUACGUGAGAAUAUUUUUAAGUGUUCGGUUGCAGAUGGAUGUGACUCAUAUCAAGAAAGAAAGUACGUUGGAUUACAGUACAGCAAAGAUUUCCCAGCAAGAACAUGAGAAUGAUAAUGAACAGACACAAGAAGAGUAUAUUUUUGUUAAGCCAGAACUGGAAGAUUGCGUGGUCGAGGAAUCCGGCAGUGCCCAGGACCCUCUCAGUUUAGACAGUGAAGAUGUACAGUUUACGGAAACAGAGGAUUCAGGUCUGCAGCAGAAGAGCUUCAUUGAGGAAGUGAAGGAUGUGAAGCUGACAUUUGAAAAUGUAUCCAAUUCGAGAGCCCAGCACAUUGAGCUGUCACCAAAUGAUGUUGGCUUUUCGAGGACAGUGAAUACAGGAUACAAAGUACCAAAUGAAGAUUCUCCUUUUGCGAAAGGAGAACGUGAGGACCGUGCCGUGUUCCGUACGGUCGCAGUUGAGGAAGAGGGAAAUUCAGACCUGGAAGAGGAAGACUCCGAGGAUGCAGAAAGUGAGGAGCAGAUGGUGACGUGCGACACGUGCCGGAAAGGGUUCCCCUCGAGGAAGGCGAUGGUAGGCCACACCUGCAAGGCGGCUGACGUGGUCGCCAGGGAGGGCGCUGCGCUGCCGCCCAACGCGUGUGCCGCCUGUGGGGAAGUGCUGGCGACUGCAGAGCUGGCGCGCCGGCACCCGCGCUCGCAGGAGUGUCCGCGCAACCGGCAGCUGCCCGGUGGCAGGGCCAGGGAUGUGGCCGAACCGGGGAAGUUCGCUUGUGACCAGUGCCCGGCGCGGUACGGUCGUCGCAGCCACCUACUGCGCCACCUGCGUGUCCAUAGUGGCGUCAAGCCCUUCUCCUGCUCCACCUGUGGUAAAGCGUUCCUGGACCCCAGCUCUCUCAAGGCCCACGAAGCCACACACACGGAUGACAGGCCAUACGUUUGCGGCCUGUGCGAGAAGCUGUUCCGGCAGUCGGCACAUCUGAGAGCGCACCUGCGAACGCACACAGGAGAGCGGCCGUUCGCCUGUGAGGAGUGCGGGGCGGCGUUCGGAACUGUGGGUACACUGGCCAUCCACCGACGGCAGCAUACGGGCGAUCGGCCGUACGCGUGCAGCGAAUGCCCGGCCGCCUUCACCACUGCCAGCAACCUGACGGUGCACCGGCGCACGCACACGGGCGAGCGACCGCACGCCUGCACGCACCCGGGCUGCGGGCGGGCCUUCAACACGGCGCACAACCUGCUGUCGCACACGCGUGCCGUGCACGCCGGCGAACGGCCCCACGCCUGUCCGCAGCCCGGCUGCGGCCGCCGGUUUUCCCAGAUAAGCAAUCUGCGCUCCCACACCCGCGCCGUGCACGAGCACCUGCGGCCCUACGCCUGCGACCGCUGUCCCGCGUCGUACUCCUCCGCCAGCUACCUGCGCGCCCACCGGCGCUCGCACACCGGAGAGCGGCCUUACUCGUGCUCCUCGUGCGGUGCCGCCUUUGCCACGUCCGGGGGACUCCGCCAACACGAACGAGUCCACUCGGGGGCGAGGCCGUUCGUGUGCCCGGACUGCGGCAAUGCGUACAAGCAGGCCGGCAGCUUGGCGGAGCACCGGCGCUCCCACACUGGGGACCGCCCACUCGUCUGUGGAAUCUGCUCCAAGACCUUCGCUGCUGCCAGUAACUUCAGGAAGCACCGCCUCAUGCACGAACGCAAUGGUGACUGUACUUGAGAUUUAGCAUAAUCCCUUGUGUUAAUGUAGUAUCCGCUAAUUAUGCAAUUGCCAUUGCAUUUGCUUUUGCAAAAGGCUUCUUUGUGCUGCCAGCAGUUUUGAGAAAGGAUAGGUUUUUCUCAAAGACAAGGGCAUCUCAACCAGACCACCAGUAUAUCAUCAGCACCAGCUUAAAUAUACACACACAAAUUUGGAGAUGCUGAGAUGAAUAUGCUAAGAGAUGGCUCGGUAAGGAAAGAAGGUCCGGAUUUAAGGUUCUGUCGCCGACAGAGUCAUUAGCGAGGAUAUAUAUCUGAUGACAGUCAAAAUUAGUGCAGUGUCCUUCGAUAAAGCAAUCGCCAAUGCAUUUGCUUUUACAAAGGGCAUGUGUCUCCUGCCAGCAGAUGUGAGAAUGGAUACCUUUCUCUCAAAUGUCGGUGCACCUCAAUUAGACCACUAGCGUUAUAUGGCAUCAGCUUAUAGAUACACAAUUGGAGAGGCUGGAAUCAAGAAAAUAAAUCGUGGCUUCAGAAAGCAGAAAGAUUAGGGUUUAAUACCCUCUCACCAGCAGUCUGAUGCUAGGGAAGAAUGAGAAAGGAAUUGGCUGUGUCCUUUUCAAAGGAACUAUCUCACUCUUUACUUUGAGUGGUUUAGGAAAAUUACAAGAAAACUAAAUGCGGAUGGCACACGGGGAUUUGAACUGCUGCCCUCCUCAAAGUGAGUGCAGCAUCUUAUACCUCUGUGCCGCCAUGUUCAGUGUUUGGAUGACAGCGGCCCGACAGUGACUAAAUACGGAUGCGACCUGCUGUUUUUGAGAUACAGUGUUGGACAGUUUUGUAAGACAGAGCAAUAUGCAAUGAAACUAGACUGUGGCUGUGCCAUAGAGGAAACAAGAGAAAGCAGUGCAUUAUCUGAACCAGUGAUCAUUUUUCUCACGCUGUGUACUUGAAGGGCUUUAGUGUAUUGCAUAAAUUUGUGGUGAUAAAUAUUUUGCUUCCAGCAGAAGGAAGAAGACAUUAUCAGUCACUUCGAUUGAAAAGAAAGGGUGGUCAGAGAUGAAAGUUCCACUGUCAUCACAGUCCAGUGAGACUGAGACAGUAGCAUUCGUGUUUUAUAGAUGCUUACAAUGAUCACGUGCACAGUGUCGGCAACUUAGGAGACAUAUUACUCAUAAAUGGAGUAAUGGGAAGUUCACUGUGCUCUCAGUGGAAAACAUAUGUGAUUAUGUUUAAUGUUGGGGUACGAUGGGUAGGCGACAUACCUGACUUGGCAGCAGCAGGAGUGUUUUUAAUACUGGAGCUGCAUUCUUAAUAGCAAAAAAAGGAAUUGUUACUGACCUCGUCCAGACAGGUCGGUCUGCGAGUGAUCUCAGAAGUCGGCAAUACGAGCAACAGUAGAGCAAACGCUGAACACGAGGCAGCAGCACCGAGAAGACGUGAGCGGCACCAGCUGCAGGGACAGGCUUCUGGUUGCUACCUCCACGAAGAAGAGUAAUGAGUUAUUCUCCAUUCUGCCUGUACCACCAAACUGCCGAGGACAAGCAGUGGCACCAGCAGUAUCAGCAUUGGAAGCUGUAAGGAGUGCAUCAGUCACCAUAUUCGACAGCAGUGUUCACAGCAGCAGUGACGUAAGGAUGGGGAGCAGGAGCGGGGAGUGCGUCGGCUGGUGCAUUUUGCAGCGGUGUUGACAGCAACGACAUCAGGACUCGGAGCAGAAACGAGGAGUGCAUCGGUCACUGCAUUCGACAGAUGGUCCGGGAAUGUCUUGUAGCAUAACACGAGUGAGGGUAACGUACCUGUCGUGAUCACUACUUUGCUUCUAUCUCUCUUGUUUGUUUUAAUCAUACUGAUUUAAUUUUGUUCUGCUAAGAUCAGGCAACCAGAAAAAGUGACUAUAAUUUUUGUGCAGGAAAUGUACUUGUGUAGAGAGACGAGCCACGUAGGGUUUAUGAAACACUCACCUCUCAACAUGGUUGGGUACAACAUGUUUAGUGUAAGCCCAACAUGAAAGCAGUGCAUAUUUUUCUGCAUUCGUUGCAACUCUAGUAGAUUACCCUUCCUGCAGAAAAUUUAAACUUCUUCCAUAUAAUUCAAGGGAUCUGGUUUACACUUGGAGCUGCCAUUUGCUACGUUUACAUGUGACACAACUUCUGGAAGAUGGAAACUGAUUUGGGAAACAGUUUUCCACUGUCACUUUUCUUUUUAUCGAAUACCUCAAAUACAUUAAAUACAGUUAGGUGAUUCAGUGCAGAUGGUGGCCGACUAUGCUUGAAGGUUGCUCUCCUACCGUGGCUCAACUCUUCCACUGACAGUGUGCGCCUUAUUUCACUCUCUGAUACUGACGUAACUGAAAGUGAAAGCUGCUCUUUAUAAAUUGUUUACCAUAAUGGUUACACCAUUAUUUGUAAGGAUAAUAUUAGAAUAUUGAUUUGCAGCAUAUCUCAUUCCAAGAGAGACAGUUAUUCGUUUGAUGACUAUCACGUGCUCAAGAUGAAGCUUCACUGACUGUAUGCUUCAGUCUUAAUGAAAGCAUGUGACGGUAUCUCUCUGCUUCGUGUUUAUAUAGAAUUACUGUCAAGAGUGGCCAUUGUGAAACAUACUGUAUUUCUACUAGCAGAUUUUAGGCAUUUGAUGAUUAAAAUUGCUCUUGGAUAAC